ACUUCCGGAAUGCUACCACAGAAGAAGAACAAGAAGAACAACAGACUCGGUCCGCCAUCUUACCGUUUUUGCGGCUGCUUUCAGUCAGUUUUUCUGAUUAUUUCGUGUUUGAAUCAAAUUAAAACAGUUUGAGUGGUAGCGUGACCUGAGCGCGAGGCAGGAGCACGUGACAGCGUCUGUGAUGGCGGCCGACCGGCGCGAGGACAAAGACGGAGAGCUGAAUGUUCUGGAAGAUAUUCUGACUGAAGCUCCAGAUCAGGAUGACGAGCUCUACAACCCCGAGACCGAACGAGCCAUCAGCGACAAGAAAGGAACCAAGAGGAAGAGCGAGCGUUCUGACAGCCGCGAUCUGAAGAGGCUCCGCCCCUCUCGGUCCUCGUCCAAUAAGAGAGCCCCGCCCCUCUCCUCCUCCUCUAAGAAGGUGGCGUCCAGCCCGCGCGCCCGCCACGCCGCCGCCAGCUACCGCCACGAGUACUACGAGGAGCGAAAGGGGCGGCGAGGGGCCCGAGAGGUGACCAGGAGCCGCGCAGCAGAGGAAGCUCACCGUAGAGAGGCCCCGAGAGGCCUGGAGGCUCUGAGCCAGAAGUUGCGGCGUGCAAGCCCCUCCCCCCAGGAGGAGGACAACCAAUCAGAGGGCGAGGCAGCAGAGUACGGCUCGGAGCCCGGUACAGGAAGCUCCUCCCCCAGCGCGUCCCACGCAGAGGAAGAGGAAGAGGAGGAUCAGGAGGAGGACGACGAGGAGGAAGAGGAGGGAAUGGAGGAGGAGGAGGAGGAGGAAGAGGAGGAGGAAGGGGAGAAGGAGGAAGAGGAGGAGUACGAGCGCCGUGGCGGCGCCGAGGGAAACGACUACGACACUCGCAGCGAGGCCGGGGACUCUCGCUCGGCCUCCUCAGUCAGCUUCUCUGACGAUGGAGAGUCAGUCCACUCAGGCUCCGCCUCCGAGGCUUCAGGUUCGGAGAAGAAGCAGGAGAAGCUGUCAUCAUCGGUCAGAGCCGUUCGCAAAGGGAUGGAGAAUCCCACCAGUAAACUGCGCUACAUCCUGCGAGACGCUCGGUUCUUCCUCAUAAAGAGCAACAACCACGAGAACGUCUCUCUGGCUAAAGCUAAGGGCGUGUGGUCAACGCUGCCGGUGAACGAGAAAAAGCUGAACGCAGCGUUCCGCUCGGCGCGCAGCGUGGUCCUCGUCUUCUCUGUGAGGGAGAGCGGCAAGUUCCAAGGCUUUGCCCGGCUGUCCUCAGAGUCUCACCACGGUGGUUCUCCUAUCCACUGGGUUCUUCCUGCCGGCAUGAACGCCAAGAUGCUGGGAGGAGUCUUCAAGAUCGACUGGCUCUGCAGGAGAGACCUGCCCUUCACAAAGACUGCCCACCUGUCCAACCCCUGGAACGAACACAAGCCCGUCAAGAUCGGACGCGACGGCCAGGAGAUCCAGCCCGACAUCGGCGCCCAGCUCUGCGCCCUGUUCCCAUUGGACGAGAGCGUGGACAUCCACCAGGUGGCUCGCCGAGUUCGUCACAAGCGCCGGACGCCGUCGGAGCCGAGGCCCCGAGGCCGACCGCCGCAGCGCGAGCCGGGAAGGCGUCGCCCUGAAGAGUACGACCUCCACGGCAGGAAGAGGCCGCGAGCUGACGGCCCGCCCGACUUCAACCAGCGAGCAGGGUUCAUCCAGGACCUUCGUAACCAGCCGGUGGACAGACGAUUCUCCGGCAUGAGACGAGAUGUUUUUCUCAACGGGUCGUAUAACGACUACAUGAGGGACUACCACCACAGCGUUGGCCCCCCCGCUCCCUGGCAGACUCUGGCGGCGUACCCGGGCGUGGAGCAGCCGCCCCCCCCCCCCUACUACCACCACAGCCACCCCCCGCCCCCCCCCCACCAGGCCUAUCACCACCACCCACUUCCUCCUCACGAGGCUCCGCCCCCUCGCUUCAGAGACAAGCAGCGGGCGCCGCCACACCGCGCAUUCACCUCUAGUCCCCACGACUACGACAUGCGCGUGGACGACUUCCUGCGGCGGACGCAGGCGGUGGUGAGCAGCCGGCGAGAGAGGGAGCGUCAGCGCGAGCGAGAGCGCGGCGCCCCGCGGCGAGAGAGGGAGCGAGAGAGGGAGCGAGGGAGAGAGCGAGAGAGAGAGCGAGAGAAGGAGAGGGGCCGCUACCGCCGCUGAGCCACGCCAUCGGCCCAGGCUCUUAUUCUGAAAUCGGCCCGGGCUCUUAUUCUGAAAUCGGCCCGGGCUCUUAUUCUGAAAUCGGCCGGGCUCUUAUUCUGAAAUCGGCCUGGCUCUUAUUCUGAAAUCGGCCCGGGCUCUUAUUCUGAAAUCGCCCGGCUCUUAUUCUGAAAUCGGCCCGGGCUUUUAUUCUGAAACUCGGCUGUUUUCCUGUGUUUUUUUUUUUUGGAGAAUUAUGAAUAAAAAACUAAACGAGCUGCGUGAUGACAUCAUCAGUUUUUAUGUGAAUAAAAACGUAAAAGUAAAGAUUCUGUGGAAACGUUUCUUUUGAUGAUCAACCGUCACAUUACCCAGAAUCCUCUCUGUUCGGCAUCUGUUCUCCAACGCGAGGGGCGGGGCCUCUGAGGGGUUGCCACGGUGACUGAGUCUUUUUGUUUCUUUAAUUAUUGCUUCUCUUAUUGUGAAAAGUUUCCUGUAAAGUCCUUCAAAAUACAUGUGAGGUGAGAAAAUCUUUUAAAACCCAUGAAGAAGAAAAAGAAGAAACUUCUUGAUUUUUUUUUUUUUUCUCUUUUAUAAGUU